CGUGUGCUGCUUUUACACGUAUGAGGCCCACGCACUACACGAAUCCUAAUUCAUCCCUCUCUCUCUUUCUCGAGUCUCUACGCCCUGGGAAUUGGGAUCUUGCGGCAAAAUCCCCACAGCAUUUCCUCAAACAUGCUGUCUGCAAACUCUCCUUCUCCUUCUACCUCUGUAAACACCACAUCUCCUACUUCGCUCUCUCCAAAUACCUUCCAAAAUCCAACGGUUUAUACUCCUCAGAUCCCUCUCUCAUGGCCUCCCAACGGCGAUUUGACUUUGGAGUGGAUCCAAGACCUCACGUCCGCAUUCGAAUGGUCUUCGAGGAAUCUCCCAGCGUCCGAUUUCCCAUCCUUAUUUCCAGUAAGCGUCUUCGACAGCCUUAUCCUCAAGGCGUCGAAGAUCCUCCACGCCGAACCCAAUUGCGUGAAAGUCAAUGAGGAAUGUGAUAAUUCAAGCGUCGUAGUUGUCGUCGGCGACGUCCAUGGGCAGUUGCAUGACGUGAUUUUUCUCCUCCGGGAGGCGGGUUUUCCUUCAGAGAGCCGGUUCUUCGUGUUUAAUGGAGAUUACGUCGAUAGAGGGGCAUGGGGGCUCGAAACUUUCCUGAUCUUGCUUGCCUGGAAGGUCUUUUUGCCGCAUAGAGUGUUUCUACUUCGAGGCAAUCAUGAAUCCAAGUACUGCACAUCAGUAUAUGGUUUUGAGCAAGAGGUAAUGGUUAAGUAUGGACCUCAAGGGAAACAUGCAUAUCGAAAAUGUUUGGGAUGCUUUGGAGGGCUUCCCUUGGCAUCUAUUAUCUCUGGUUGCAUUUUUACCGCUCAUGGAGGGCUUUUUCGCAGCAUACCCCUGUCGAAGAAGCCUAAGGGAAAGAAGAAUCGAAAGACAGUAAACGUGGAUGCGAACACCUUAACACUUGGCUCAUUGGAGGAAUUAUCCAAAGCAAGGCGGACGGUUCUCGAUCCUCCAUGGGAGGGUUCAAAUUUGAUUCCUGGCGACGUAUUGUGGUCUGAUCCAUCACUGAGUCCAGGUCUCUCUCCAAACAAAGAGAGAGGCAUUGGCCUGAUAUGGGGCCCUGAUUGUACUGAAGAGUUCCUUAAAAAAUAUGACUUAAAGUCUGCUGAUCAUUAUUCAUAUGGCGUAGUUGCUCAAGAUCAUGAUUAUAUCUACGGUGUACAAUUAGAUGCAGUUCCAGCAGUUUUUAUGGGACACCUUUAGGAUGGGGAAAUCUAUCCAACACAUGCCAUUGCAACUAUUGCAGAAAUCCUUGGUUGAUAUUUCUUGUUUACAAUUUUUAUGUAUUUCAGUCUAUGUAGACGUUUCCAUAGCAUAUAUUAUAAAUUAGGAUGUAGUGUAGCAAUAUAUCUCGUAAUAUUAUAUUAAAAUGUAAUGAUAUAUUAUUUGUCAGGUUUUGCAGAGUUGUAAUGUCUGAGAUUUAAUGUCCAUGUCCAUGUUACGUGGUUACAGGCAUAUUAGUAAAAACAACUGGAGCAGGCAAUUCUGUUGUAGCAUAUAGAAUUGAAACAGUACAGAGAAGACGAAGAACCUUUUCAACUGGUUGCUUGAAAUGCCUCAACCUGUUCAUCUUCUAAAAAGUUUUUUUACUAGUUUGACCUUGUAUCAAGCUAUAAAAAAAAAAUGCUAAUGAUGAAAAAAAUUGCAUCUUUUUGUGACCAAUCGUACUAAGCUUUGAGCAAUUGAGUGCCAAUUUCCACACCUGUCUCUGUGCUAAGGAUUUUGUGAGACUGACUUCUUGUACUUGUGCAACUGCUUAUUCCUAGAUGUGUGAACUAAGUUUAUAUUCUGAUAUCAAUCCUGGAUUUCCUUUGAUCCUAUAUAACUAGAACACUCCGGUCAUGCUUCACCCUGCAAUUCUGAAAAGAUAACUGACUCGGUGCCUCUGCGGCCGUCACAUCUUGAGGUGAAAUUCAGCCAUCAGAUGGAUCUGGUUGGGUUCAGCUAAGAUGCUGGCUUGGUUCAGCUAAGAUGCUGGCCUAAUCAGCUUCAUUCAACAGUCUGAAUUUCACUUGCAAAUUCGAACUGAUGUUGCUAGAUGUGCAGGUACUGAAUCAGUUCUCUUCUGAAAACAUACAUUUUAUAUCACUGUUUAUGUUUUUGUUAUUAUUAGGGUAUCAUUUAAAUGGUCCUAAUUUAUAUGUAGAUGGAGAUGUGCAUGUAUUGACCAUCCAAGCUGUUCAUCAUGUGGCCCUCAUCAUCUAGAUAUCCUGGCUCCGAAACCAGGCCAGUCUAGUUGUCCAGUCAUCAAGUGGUUCACACCGUGCAAAAUGAAUGUAUGUCUAAAAACAGCUUGGUGCAGCCACCAAUGACCUGAGUUUGGGCCAUGAUAUAUAAAUAGUGGAGGCCACUGAUGGAUGGCUUGGAUCCCAGAAUGUGGCAUCGUGUAGAGGCACUAGGAUACGCACAUGAAAUUGGCAAACCUCCUAAUUGGACAUUUCUCUUCAUUUUUACUCAUUAACAAUUUACCUAUGUAACAUUACACCUUCCACUAGUAUCACAUAGAAUGUAUGAACAUAUCAGAUAACUAAUGCCCAUGGCUAAUUCAACUCUCAGGUCCACUAGCUUCCAAAUCAAGUUUGUUUACUUUUUACUUGAAACUUAACAGUCAAAAUCCAAUAGCUUCAAUAAAUUUAUCUUUAAACUUAUGAGCUCUUAUUAGUUAUCGCCAAUAUUGGAAGAACUAGUGACCAAAAAAAAUAAA